GAGCUGCCUACCAAACAGAAACACUUUUGUUUAAAAUCAACACUGUUUAUUGCAAGCAAAAAAAAUAAAAUAAAAUAAAAAAUACAAAAUGGGUGCUUUUACAAGGCUGUUUGCCGGUGUCACAUUGAGGACGUGGAGAAGGAGUAGAUGGAUAAGUCGACGCGGAGAGGCAGCGUUUUCCUCAUGCAAACCGAAGGUGUGCGUUGUUGGCAGUGGACCAGCAGGUUUCUACACAGCACAGCACUUGAUCAAGGCCCGUCAAGAUGUUGAGGUGGAUAUUUACGAGCGACUACCCGUCCCUUUUGGCCUCGUCAGGUUCGGGGUCGCCCCGGAUCAUCCUGAAGUGAAGAACGUCAUCAACACGUUCACGCAGACUGCCAAACAUGCACGCUGUAGUUUCUACGGAAACGUGAACGUUGGCAAGGAUGUGAGCGUUCAAGAGCUGCAGCAAGCGUACCAUGCAGUAAUACUCAGUUAUGGGGCAGAGGGAAACAGGAGGAUGGGGAUACCCGGAGAAGACUUGGCCGGUGUUUAUUCCGCCAAAGACUUCGUGGGUUGGUACAAUGGACUGCCAAGCUGCCGAGAGCUGAGCCCCAAUCUGAGUUGUGAAACAGCAGUCAUUCUGGGACAGGGCAAUGUGGCUUUGGACGUCGCAAGAAUAUUACUGUCACCUACUGACAUUUUAAAGAACACCGACAUCACUCAGCCUGCCCUUGAAGCUCUGAUGGAGAGCCAAGUCCGCAGGGUGCUCAUUGUCGGCAGGAGAGGACCCAUGCAGGUUGCGUACACAAUCAAGGAGCUUCGAGAAAUGGUGAUGCUACCAGGCACCAGACCUGAGAUGCUGCCAGCUGAUUUUGAGGGUGUCCCUGAGGUUCUUCAAGAUUUACCAAGACCAAGAAAACGUCUCACAGAGUUGAUGUUAAAGGCAGCUGCCGAGCUUCCAGCGGAGGAGGAACAGGAAAGAAGAAGCAAAUGCUUGCGCAGUUGGGGUCUUCGAUUCUUCCGGAGCCCUGUUCUCGUCCUUCCCAGUCCUGAUGCCACCAGGACAGCUGCCAUCCGACUUGCAGUCAACAAACUGGAGGGUUCAGGUGAGGCUGCUCGUGCGGUGCUCACUGGCGAGGUAGAGGAUGUGACCUGUGGCCUUGUCAUUAGCAGCAUUGGCUACAAGUGUCUUCUCAUUGACCCAUCAGUGCCCUUUGACUCUGGCAAAGCGAUAGUCCCGAACCAAAUGGGCCGCGUUCAACAAUCUCCAGGUCUGUACUGUAGCGGCUGGCUUAAGACGGGCCCAACUGGCGUGAUCGCCACCACUAUGAAUAAUAGUUUUGACACUGCAAGAUCCUUAAUGGAAGACAUGGAUGCAGGGAACUUGGACAUGUCUGUUGCUAAAUCUGGGUCACUAAGUAUUAGAACUCUUCUUGAAAAGAGAGGAGUGAAGCCCGUGACCUUCUCAGAUUGGGAAAAGAUUGACAGUUUGGAGACGAGAAGCGGUGAAUCAAUGGGAAAACCCAGAGAAAAACUGCUGACUGUGGAAAAAAUGCUUCAGGUGGCAUGGGCAUGAUCUUCAUGGCCAAUUUCACGAAAAGGUGGAUGGGACGGAGUGUCACCAGUGUAGAACAUUUUGUCAGAGAGCCUCGAACACAUCAGGCAUGGAAAAUGUGUACUAUGAAAAUAUGUAUUGAAUUAAUUUAUUGAAUAGGAUACAGUGAGCUACGUUUCCAUAAUUUAUCAUUACACGUCUAAUGUACUGUAUAUCAACAGGUCUAUAAACAAUGAGUUUACUAUAUUUAAUGUUAUAUGAAAUUAAUCAGUUUCAUACACACAUUGCAUUACAAUAUAUUUUUUUAAUUGUAUUACUCUCUGUGUACUUUUUUAAAAUAUAAACUACUCAGAUGUCCAUCAGGAUGUCCUACACAUACAGUAGUUGCAACAAACAUUUAGCUGAUUAUAAAGCCUGUGUAGUGGGACCUCACACAUUCAUGUUAACACCAAAACUGCAUUUUCUAUUCAUUAUUGAAUGAAAAAAAUGAGUGGAAAUAAUGUCUGUAUUUUGUUAGUUUAUGAAAUUUAAAAAUGUUUUUUUUUAAA